AUGUUGCAUAAGGAAUUGGCAAAUUACGUUAAUUCACUUAUCUUUUAUUUAUUCGCGAAAGUUGACAAUGGCGCAUCGCAAAGUUUCCUUUAUGAUGUCGAAAGUGCAGCUUCACCUUCGUCAAAGCAUUCCGAGCAAGUCAAUUCAAGGCAACCUUCUUCUCUGUCCAGAAACGGUGAAGUCAGCAGAAAGAAGUAUGCUUUGUCGAAUAGUCCAUCGCAAAGCCUUGAAAAGGAUCGACUUGAGUCAACAACGGUCGAGUUAGAUUGCGAGCAAACUCAACCAUUUCUGUCUGUAGAUAAAAAUGAAGUGAAUCCUGCCACUUCCGACAUGGUACCCGCCGAAGGUCCGGGCCGACCGACUUCAAGAGCCCUGCCUGUCAGCGCCAAACCGACUCGUUCAGUCGAGCCGGAGUACGGAACUGCUGGCACAUUGUCAGAAUCGCUUGGAUCCGAGGGGGGCCCGGCCCAAUUUGCCACCUUCCGUGGCAAAGGAGUCGGCCAGGCCGACUUUCAGACGUCGGGCGGCAGAAGGAGUCGUCAAGGCGGCUCCCGAGGCCAGACGCAUGUGCGCGGAGGCCGAGGAGGAGGCGGAGGUUGGCCGAAGCCGACCGGCAAGAAGGCGUCAAGCAAUGAGCAGACGAUUUGUGGAGCAGAAUUGGAGGGUAGCACCGAUUUGAUGGGGCGUGGAUACAACAGAAGCAACAAUCGACACCAGAACCUUCCAGAAAUACUCAAAGGUCAGUCGGGAACUAUUGUAGAACCUCAUUUGUCUUAUUCUGGCCAUCUUUUCGCAUUGACAUUUCCAGGCAUUUUUAUGUCUCGAAAGUGA